GAAAUGAUAAUCUAUUUUUAGUAAGGAAAUAAACACAAGAUCUAUGUCAAAUGAUUUUCCGAAAGUUAAAUCUUUAUUUUGUAAACUGUUGAUGAUAAGCAAUACCAGAUGCCUAUUAUCAAACCUGAUUUACGAUUUAUAAUGUCAAACGAUGAUUCUCUUGAAAGUUUGAUUAAAGGUACUGCACGUAAGAGAAUAAAGCAGAACUUUUGCUGUUUGAAGCAGUGUCUUGUAAAUUGCAAUAUUGAUGGACUUAUUGAAACAUCUUAUCAAGACAAGCUUAUUAAUUACGCAACAUACAACAAAAUGAAAGAUUUGCGUGGUUCUGUCUUGCAAGUUGAGGCUAUUCUGAAAAGAGUAUCUGAAGCAGACGAAGAGAAAUGUUGGAAAUUCCUGAAUCUGAUGGCAAAUGUUACAGGUUUUAAUUUAAGAACAUUGAUAAAGCCAGAAAAUACUAUCCCCGAAGAGUCAAAACAACGAUUUAAAAAUGUGACCAAAAGCUGCCUUCAGGAACAUGCAGAACAUAUAAAAGACCAGUUGGAAAUUAAAAGGAUCCUGGAUACAAUGCUAGAAUAUGACGUCAUAACAGCCAGAGAACAUGACGAAAUUCAAGAGUCGAAAGGUCGCAGAAAAAAGGUCGAAACGUUCAUCAACUGUGUUUUUGGAAAAUCAGAAUUAGAUUGGAUUCCUAAAUUUCUGCAUGUUUUAGAUCAUGAAGGAUAUUCAAAUUUAGCCGAACAACUAACAAGAACACGACCUAUUUCACCUAUUCAAGAUCUUUACAUUCCACGUGGACAAACACGGAGAUUGACUGCCCGAGUGAGAGCGCUUCCAGAAAACGCAGAAAGACACUUGCUUGCAAAUGGUGGUGUUCUUGUAGACGCAGCUGUUCAAUCUGUAUUUAACAGCCCUCUUCUUAAUUUGAGAGAGGGAUCGAUAUAUCUCUUACUCAACAUUUCAAAAGACAAAUCAUUUGAAAUGCGACAUACAGCAACCGAAACGAUGACAUCCUUAGUACGGAAGAUGCUUCAAAGUGAUAAAGUAAAAGACAGUAUUACAGAAAAAACUUUCGUUUUGAUAGAAAUUGACGAAACUGCUGAAGAUGCAUUUCUAACUGAAACAUUUGAUGAAGAGCUGGUUUUGACAAGUGUUGGACCAAAGUAUGAAAAAGAAUGUUCCAGAUGCAUACAAAAGACCAUUAUAGAUAGCUAUGAUUUUAUAUUGGAUGAGAUUGAAACUGAUGCUAUUAUAGAAACAUUGAAUAAGGUGGACACCGUGCCUGAUUUUAUUCAACACAAGUGCAUAGACAAUAUGGGUAGUUUAUCAAGAACACAAAGAGUUGGUAUAUUUCUCCAAUACGUUCUUACACGUGAAAGUUUGCUUAAAACAUUCAUGCAGGUGUUGGUUGACCAGGAGAUAGACGUGGAGAGACAAAUGUGCUCUGAAUGUAGUGGAAUACAUGUAAAGCAUUCGUUUGCGGACAAGAAGAAGAAACGGGCAUUUCAAUUUCAAAUAGAGAAAGAUGAAUAUGGGGAAAUUAUCGUGCAAUAUAAAGAUAUAGUUCAGGAAACUGACGAACUAGAGUUAGUACAUGGCAAAGCGGAAGAACAUCUACCAAUAGAAGUGACAGUUGUGGCAGCUAUUGACAUAGGGACGAGCUAUUCAGGAUAUGCAUAUUCAACUGUAAAAGCCUACCAAACUGAUCACUUAGAUAUAACAUGUAAUCAGUCAUGGAGAUCUGGAGGGAAACAACUUAUUUCGUCUAAAACUCCUUCUUGUAUUCUGAUGACAAGAGGAAAGGAAUUAGUUUCCUUUGGUUACGAUGCAGAAAAAGAGUAUGAAAAUAUAAUUGCCGAAGGAAACGAAGAGAGUUAUUACUUCUUCGACAAAUUCAAAAUGGCUCUUCAUAAAACAAAGCUUGAACCUGAUCAGAUUGAAAUCAGAGAUGUUCGUGACCAUACAGUUGUAGCCAUAGAUGUAUUUUCCUUGGCUAUUAAGGCUUUGAAAGAAGAUCUUGAACAGCACUUAAUUGAAAGAAUUGAAUUUUCUAGUGAGAAUAUUCGCUGGGUUCUAACAGUGCCAGGUUUGAGAGAUUUCAAUGCUGCAGAAUUCAUGAAAAGAUGUGCAGAAAAGGUAGGCAUUAGAAGAGAUCAACUGACAAUAGCAAAGGAACCAGAGGCAGCAUCAAUUUAUUACUUAUACAAAAGUAUGACAGCCAAACCUAAAAUGGACAAUAAGUACAUGGUUAUUGAUGUAGGAGGAGGAACUUUUGAUGUGAGUGUACACGAGGUUGUUAACGAAAAUCAUUUACGACAACUCUGUUCACCUUCCGGUGGCCCAUACGGUGGCACAACUGUAAAUGAACAAUUCUUGGAGAUAUUAACUGAAAUAGUAGGCCCAGAUGUCAUGAAAUCACUAAAAACAGAGCAUUCAGGAAGCUAUCUCGAAAUAAUGAGGGAGUUUGAUUGUGCUAAACGUGUAAAGCUAUCGAACCAUAAUAGGAAAACAAUCAAUUUUACGUUCCCUAUAACAAUAUUUAAUCGGUUAUGUAAUCGUUAUUGCCACCGUCAUUUUCAACAAAUGAUAAAGGAAUCUAAACACAAAAAUAAUAUCUCAAUAGUUGGGGACAAGUUACGAAUAGUGAAAGAAACAAUAUAUUCAUUUUUUGUAACGUCUGUUGAUGAAAUAGUAAAAGAAAUAUCCAGAGUCUUAAAACAUGUGGACAGUGAAGUGAAAAAUAUAUUGUUAGUUGGCGGUUUUGCUGAAUCUGAAAUAUUACAAGACAAGAUUAGAAAAUCGUUUCCCGAGAAAGUGCUAGUAGUAUUUGAAGAAUCUGAUCUUAUUGUUCUGAAAGGAGCAGUCUUAUAUGGCCACCAACCACAUAUCAUUGACAGAAUUAUAUAGCAAUUGUGUAUGACAAAGUGUAUGAUAUGUUGCUAAAAUGACAAAUAAAGGAUACACAGAAACAAGUUUUGUCAGAUACACACGACAAAAUAAAGGAUUAGAUAUUAAAACAUAUACCCCUAAAUAUAACGCAAUAGUAUUUAUACGAAAUUGAAAUACAUGCAGAAAAAAAGUAUCAAGUGUUAGUGACUUCUGAGUAUUUGAUAUAGCUCAUGAAAAUAUGAUCAAACUAUAUUUCAAGAAUUCUGACACUUACACUAUGUAACUUAUCAAAUUGUUGUAAUUG